AUGACGACGGGCUGGACGGGGAUGCACAGAUGCAUCAAAGGAAAGUUUGUAGCAAGAGGCAGUGCGCAGCAAAAGCUCGUAUACGAUGGAGAUGGAGAGGAAGAGAAACACAAACUCGGGACUCGCACAGCAAACGAGGCUGUUACAACUGCAAUAACUGAAAUCAAUUCAAUCCCCACUGGGCACUGCUGCUGCACUACUCAUGCACUACUCCUCAACCUCACAUUCAAAAUUGAUGGUUCAGUGCAUCAAGUCAAGAGCAGACAACUUCAGAGGAUUGCUAUAAAGUGCUUGAUCUGGCCUGCGUUUGACACAUUUACCUCGUCCACUAUCAUCCUGAUCCAUCCUCAUCCUCUUCAUUCUACACCAACGCCUCAGACACAGACACUGCUUGCGUCCAGUCUCAUCCUUCAACAACCAGACCAGCAACCCCUCACUCCAUCUCUCACAUCAUCACCUCGACCUCCCUCACACUUCUCUCCAAUGGUUGCCCUCGCCCUCGCCCUCGGCGCCGCCAUCUACUUCACGGCCGAAAAAGUGCGGGACCACAAGAGAAAGAAGGCCGCCCUCAAAGACAAAGACCAACAGGCACCGCCCUACGACUCGAUUCCUCACAGUGCCUCGGCCUUGGAGAACAGGGCGGCCCGUCGCUCCGUGGACCAGCUCCCGCGAUAUGUGUACAGCGAGCCCCCACCGUAUCAUAUCAAAGACCAGAUUCGCGGGCAAAAGGCCCCCAAAUAA